GGCUACACAAUCGCCGGUGUGGCCAUCUUCUGCUUCCUCGUGUGAUUCGAGGUCCCCGUUGAUUACCCGUCCUCUGCUAAUCUGCUAAUAAGAUCUCUCUUAUCUAUAAAGUUGACGAGUCCACCUUCAUCAGAUCACCCGCCACCGACCACUUUACCAAAUCGAGGCCGGUUCGUCAGUCCUAAAACAGUUCAUUGCAUGUGAGUUGAGCAAAUCAUGAGUUUGGGGUGCCUUGCGUGCCGCAGCGUAGACAGCCCAACACAUUCCUUAAGAAGCUACUCUGUCUCAAGUGCAGACAAUGAAGGCCGCUGCACUGCAAUGGUGAGCUGCCUGACCCGGACGACCAACAAUCUGUUAGGGAAUGCAAAGGUUGCCCCGCUCUCGAGCAUCACAAAUGCCCAGGGCAUGGCAGGAGCCCCACGCCUCGUGCGGAGCUGUGCUGUGACAAGAGAUCUUGUGAGGGAUUGGAAUUUCGAUGAACUUCUUCUGGAGAGCUGAUUUGCUCCGUCUUGAACCAGAAGGCUCAGUACAACAUUAGAUCCCCAGCAUCUCAGCCAUUUGUAUAUGACGAUUUCUACUUUCCUCAGUGUUUGUGGCCAUGAUGAGAGUAUUUAAGAGGGCCUAGUGUUUAAAAGUAGAUUUGAUUAGAAACUGUUUGGAAAACACCAAACACUCUGAUUUCAAGUCAUUGUAAUGAUGUUUGGCACCUA